CACGCACGGCUGAGAUGGGCAGUCGGACACUUGUUCAUGCGGCAAUCGAGCCAGGUGAGAGGGAACGGCAUGGUCACUACCUGUCGAACUGUGAAGUCACCGAAGUGAGCGAUUAUGCACUCAGUGCGGAAGGAAGGGAGGUUUCAAUGCGUUUGUGGUAUGAGACCCUCAAAAUCCUUGGAGACAUCGAUCCAAGAGUUAAUACAAUCGUGUCCGAACACCUUACCCAGGAUAUAGCAUAACUU